AUGGAUGACUCUUUUGGCACUGCGUUCGCUAUCGAUGUAAGUGGUAAAAUCUCCGGAUUUCUCAUCAGAAGCUCAAAAUAUCUCAAACCAUCACAAAUACCUAAUGACUCCGUCGUCCUUACGAGCAAUGCCCUGGGUCAACCGAUAGUGAUGUCCAAAGACCGGUUGUUGAAUGCCAUUCCAUCUAGUGCUCCCCUUAGGCAGGUCUGUGAAGCAUGUGGCAAGUUUCCUGGUGAAAAAGAUUUUGCGAUAUGCUCUGCAUGCAAGGGUUCGAAAUAUUGCAGUAAGCAAUGUCAAAAAGUACGAUGGCCUGAACAUAAGCCCAUUUGCAUACAAAUGCGUCAAAUCAACGAGGAAGCGGCCAAGGCUUCAAGCGAAGGACGAGAAUAUUUGAAUCCAUACACACUGAAGCAAUGGUACCGGAAGAACAAUAAUGCGGUGGAAUAUGCGGCUUUUCAUUGUCUCGAGAUUUACAACGGUCAUCUCUCCAAAUACUCUCCCGCAAAAUUCGCUGUUUGGUUUGCUUUCGAAAGGCGAGGUCAAGACCCAAAUGACGUCGAUUCGCUGUCUUUACAAUCUGUCGAUCCAGUUCCAAUGGCUCUCGCAAAAAAGAUGGGACUCACUGUAAACCUCAUCUUCUUUAUUGCCUCCGGCAGGAACACUGACUCAAAACGUCAUAUUUCUUAG